AUGUUUACAUCGGAAAAAGAUGUUAAUCAAUUUUGUAGAAUAUUUAAUCCACCAACAUGUAAUUGUAAUUUACUUCCAGUUGAUGAGUCAAUAUUAAUGAAAGUUGAGAAUAUCAGAAAUUAUAUUUUUGAUAGAUUUGUAUUUUCAACAACAGGAAAUGAUACAAACAAAAUAUUUGGUCAACAACAAACAAGUAUUACAAAAGAAGACAGAGAAAGAAUGUCUAAAAUUAUUCAAAAAGUAGAGUCUUUGAUUUAUUUUUCUUAUGCAUCAGAUGAAAUAAUAGAAAUUAUCAUUCAAAAUAUGAAGAAAGGAAAUAAAAUAAGAAGUAAUGAAAUGUUUUCAGAGGUAUUUAAUGAAACAUUUGAUAAAAUGAAAAUAGAAGAAUCACUUUAUCCAAAAAGUCCUAUUAAACAAGAAAAAGAAAUAGAUAUACCAAAAGGAAUUACAAUUUAUUCUUCAAGUAUAGUUUUGUCUGAACAAAACAAUGAAAGAAAUAUUAAAUUUUUUAAAUCACCAAGUAGUUCAUUAUUUUCAAAUACAAAAAUAACAUCAUUUAAUCCAACUAGUGGUAAUGAUGGAUGUGGUAUUAGAGUUAAUAUUGAAGAUAUGAAUAAAGAAGAAAAUAGAAAGUAUACAAGAUUCUUAAUGACUUUUAUGUAG